AUGGACCGCCUUUCCUCAGACCAACUCGUUCCUACCCUACCAACCGCAAGUACAGACGCAGUCAACACCACGACCAUGAACGCAGUCACCGCCGGCGACGCUCCCCUCUCACCCCCCGCCUCCCCCACCUUUCCCCUCGCCAACGCAACAGUAUCCCGCUACACCGCGCCCACCAACCCGCCCCGCUUCCCGCGCCACCCUUGCCCAACCUCGCACUACACGCUCUCGCUCCUCAGCUCCGAACACGAAGCCCAGCGCCUCUUCGGCCCGGCCUUCACCCUGCGCUCCCCGACCACCGGCGAGCUGCUCGGCCCCUUCGCCCUGCUGAGCUACACCGACGCCUGGAUCCCCAAGUACUGCCGCUACAUCCACAGCGUGGUGUCGACGCCCGUGUUCACGCUGCGCGAGCGCGAGUUGGUUAUCUUGGCUGUUGCGGGCGUGAGUCAGGCGGAGUAUGUGGUUGGUGUGCAUCGGAGGGUCGCGAGGGAGGUGGGAUUAAGGGAGGGAGUUGUGGAGGGGGCUUUGGCGGGUGUGGAGAUGGGGGACGAGUGGAUGGGGAUGCUCGGGUUGAGUGCGAGGGAGAAGAAUGUUUGGAGGAUUGCGAGGGAGAUGGCGCAGGGAUGGGGGAGGGUGAGUGAGAAGACGUGGGGCGCGGUUGUUGUGAAAGAUGAAUUGAAGGGAAGGGGUGUGGAGGGGUGGCUUGACAUGGAGGGAGAUGGAGAGGAUGUGAAGACGGCUGUUGAAGAUGGCGAGAAGAAGAUGGGAGACGGCAGUGUUGGAGAGAAGCCGGACAGGCUGACUCGAGAGGAGGUGGCGACGCUCGCGCAGGUGUUGGCUAGCACCAUGUUUGUCAGUGUGUUGGCGAACUGUGCUGAUGUGAAGGCGCCGAAGGACGCGGGAGACAUCAUUCAGCAGCCUUGA